CCUCUCUUCUUCACUUUCAAUUCUUCCGUCUCGGUUUCUCUUCAAAAACAUUGCUUAGAAGAUUCAAAAAUCUAAAAGAAAAACCGCACGGCAUGGAGAGCGAGAGGCCAGGCUCUUCUUCGACGUCGUCUAAAGCGUUUUCGUUCAUCUCGAAGAGCUGGCGAGAGGUGCGUGACUCGGCGGACGCUGAUUUGCAGUUGAUGAAAAACCGAGCCAACUCCUUCAAGAAUUUGGCGAGUUCGUUCGACAGAGAGCUCGAGAAUUUCUUCAAUUCUGCUUCGACGUUCUCAGUUUCGUCAAUUAAGUCGUCGCCGUCUUCGUCGGGAAUGGAAAUCAACUUUGUUAAGAAAUUUCAGCCGAAGUUCUCGGAGUUCAGGCGAGUUUACUCCGCGCCGGAGAUCAGUAAGCGUGUGCUGGAGAAGUGGGGACCACGCGCGAGGAUAAGGUUGGACUUGUCUGCUAUAAGGAACGCCAUAGUAUCGGAAUUGGACAAGGAGAGGGACAGAAAUGGAAUUAUUGAGUUUGAUCGGGGUAAAAGGGGGAGAGAGUUUUGGGGAGAGGGAGAAGAGCAAUGGGAACCUAUAAGGACGUUGAAGACAAGGCUGAAGGAGUUUGAGCGAAAGCGGGAGUUGUCUGUGGAGGACCUUUUUGGCGGGUUCAAGAGUAGUGAUUUUGUUGAGAAAGUGAAGUCUAGAUUGAAAGCGAUUUGCAAAGAGCCUCAGGAUUCACAGGAGGUACCCCCACUGGAUGUACCAGAACUUUUGGCAUGUCUGGUGAGACAAUCUGGAUCAUUUUUGGAUUAUUUUGGUGUUAGAAGAGAUAUAUGUGAUAAGAUAGUGGAGGGCUUGUGUAGCAAACGCAAAGAACAACUUCUGUUGCGCUCGCUUUCAGCAGGAGAAUCCACCUUACUUGAGAAUGACAACAUAAAUGAUGAACUUGAUUUAAGGUUAGCCAGUGUCCUUCGAAGUACAGGACAUCAUUAUGAAGGUGGCUUUUGGACAGAUUUUGCAAAGUAUGACCAAUCAGAGAAAAAAAGACAUGUGGCCAUUGUCACAACUGCUAGUCUUCCAUGGAUGACUGGAACAGCUGUAAAUCCACUUUUUCGAGCAGCAUAUUUAUCAAAGACUGUGCAACAAAAUGUCACACUAUUGGUUCCCUGGCUUUGCAAGUCAGAUCAAGAAUUAGUUUAUCCAAAUGUCACUUUUAGUUCGCCUGAAGAGCAGGAAAGCUACAUACAUAACUGGAUCGAAGAAAGGAUUGGAUUUAAAGCUGAAUUUAAGAUCUCCUUUUAUCCGGGAAAGUUCUCAAAAGAAAGGCGUAGUAUAAUACCCACUGGAGAUACUUCUCAGUUUGUUCCAUCAAAGGAUGCUGAUAUUGCUAUCCUGGAAGAACCAGAGCACCUUAACUGGUACCAUCAUGGUAAGCGCUGGACUGAUAAAUUCAACCAUGUUGUUGGUAUUGUCCACACAAAUUACUUGGAGUAUAUCAAGAGGGAGAAAAACGGGGCUCUCCAAGCUUUCUUUGUGAAACACAUAAAUAAUAUAGUCACAAGGGCACACUGCCACAAGGUUCUUCGGCUUUCUGCUGCCACUCAGGAUUUACCAAAGUCUGUGGUUUGCAAUGUCCAUGGUGUAAAUCCAAAGUUUUUGAAAAUUGGUGAAAAAGUUGCUGCAGAAAGGGAACUAGGGCAGCAAGCCUUCUCAAAAGGAGCCUAUUUUCUUGGCAAGAUGGUCUGGGCAAAGGGAUACAGGGAGUUGAUAGAUUUGCUUGCAAAGCACAAGAGUGAUCUUAAUGUUCUCAAGUUGGAUGUUUACGGUACCGGAGAGGAUGCACAGGAAGUUCAGAGUACUGCUAAGAGGUUGGAUUUGAAUCUCAAUUUUCAGAGAGGAAGAGACCACGCUGAUGAUUCUCUUCAUGGGUACAAAGUCUUCAUAAAUCCUAGUGUCAGUGAUGUGCUUUGCACUGCUACUGCCGAAGCACUUGCCAUGGGAAAAUUUGUAGUGUGUGCUGAUCACCCAUCAAACGAAUUCUUUAGGUCAUUUCCAAACUGUUUGACCUACAAGACAUCUGAAGAUUUUGUUGCCAGAGUAAAAGAAGCAUUAGAGAAUGAGCCUCAGCCCCUUACUCCUGAGCAAAGAUAUAACCUCUCAUGGGAGGCUGCCACCCAGAGAUUUAUUGAAUAUUCUGAGCUCGAAAAAGUCUUGAAUAAUGACAAUGCUGAUGCCAAUUCAGGCAGAACCAAUGGAAAGAUCAUCAAAAAGUCAGUUUCAAUGCCUAGCAUUAAUGAUGUGGUUGAUGGCGGGUUGGCAUUUGCUCACUACUGUUUCACAGGGAACGAGUUUCUUCGACUUUGUACCGGAGCUAUACCUGGGUCACGAGACUAUGACAAGCAGCACUGUAAAGACCUGCAUCUCCCACUGCCACAAAUAGAAAAUCCAAUCUAUGGCUGGUAAGUACAAGAACGAACCACCAUUUAUUCAACAAUCGCCAUGUAUAAUAUAAUAGCUUGUUCACAUAGGAUCUUAUCCAUUUUGUUUGUAGACGCAAUGUAGGAUCUAGUCCAUGUUUGUAAAUAGAAGGUUUCUUUUGCGUUGUCAAUAUAUAUUCAUUUCAGAACCACAUAUUGCCAAAAAGGAAAUUUUGUUUUGUUAAUAGAAGAGUAGAUGCCUAGCCAGUGAUUAUUUAUGUUGAAAAUAAACUAUGUUCUGCUGUACCGUAUUUUUGAUUAAUGUAUGUUUCGGCUUGAGCCAGAAUAAGCUUUAGCCAGAAUAAGCUUUCUUCA